AUGGAGGCAGCAUGCGUGGCAUACGGCAAGGCCGUGGCGUCCUUCGGACGGAGCUCCCAAUGGUGGCGAGCGCUGGGGGAAGUGCGGCAGAUGCGGGGAGAAGGUUUGCAAGUGAAUUUGAUCAUCCUCAACUCUGCCAUCAGUGCAUGCGAGAAGGGGCGACGAUGGUCGAUGGCCUGCAGAUUGCUUUCCUUUGGUCUGGAGCUGGAUGUGUUCAGCCUCAAUUCUGCCAUCAGCGCGGGUGGUGAAUGGCAGCAGGCACUUCAGCUACUUAACCGAGCAGAGGAUCAAGAAUUGACCGAUGUCAUCAGCUACAAUGUUGCAAUGAAGGUUUGCGAGUGGUUUGAUGCUCUGCAGAUAUUUUCCACGUUGACUUCCUGCACUGCCAGCAGCUUCGGGGUCGCGAUCAAUGCGUGCGAGAAGGCCUCUUACUGGGAGGCCGCCCUCCAGUUGAUGAGUUCAAUGGAGCAAUCCAUGCUGGAGGCCAAUCUCAUCAUAUACAACUCAGCGAUGAGCGCCGGUAGCAAGGCAGAGGAAUGGCAAGAAGUUUUGCAGCUGAUGGAAGAUAUGUGUGAAAGAAGCAUUGAGGCGGAUGUCAUCACUUACAACUGCCUCAUCGCUGCUCUUGGAUGGCCAAGUGCGCUGCAGCUCAUGCAGGAGAUGAAAGGGCAAACGGUGCAGAGCACCCUGGUCACCUACAGUGCAGCGAUCUCUUCGUGCCAAAGCAGGUGGCAAUGGGCUUUGCAGCUCUUGGACGACCUCCACGUCCAAUCACUUCAAGGAAAUGCCAUUGUUUACAGUGCAGCCAUUGGAGCUUGUGAAGAAGGGAGGCAAUGGCAGAAGGCCUUACUACUUUUGUGGCAGCUGGGCUUUGCAGCGGACCUUGUCGCCUACAAUGCCACGCUGUCGACGCUGGCGCGCUGCGGCCAGUGGACCCGAGCGUUGGAUCUCUUGUGGUCAAGGAUCUCUCACCCAGAUGUCUUCAGCUUUAACUCUGCCUUGAGCGCGUGUGAGGACCGAGAAGAGUGGCCCAUGGCGCUCAGUCUGCUGGGAGAGAUGUCUCGUCGAAGAAUUCAGGGUAACAUCAUCACCUACAACACGGUGAUUGCGGCAUUGGAGAAGGGUGCGCAAUGGCAGAAGGCCUUAGUUUUCCUGUCAUUGGCGCUGGAGCUAUUCGAUAAUGGAGCGACGAUCAUCACCUACAGCUCCGCCAUCAGCGCCUGCGAGAAAGGGAAACGCUGGCAGGAGGCCGUGUGGCUUUUGUCGCUGGCGGAGUCUCGCCUCCGCGGCAACGUGGUCGCCUUCACGGCGGCCAUCCGGGCCUGUAGCCAGGCGACCUCAUGGCGCUUGGCAUUGAAUUUGCUCCAAGAGUUGGAGCAUCGUCAAGAAGCCAACUUCAUGAGUUAUGAUGCCGCCAUCCUUGCAUGUGAUGAAGGAGCACAGUGGCUCCAGCUUUUGCAACUACUGAACCUCUUGGCCAUGGAUCUCACCCAUGCGAUGGCGGAAAAAAGAAAAAAACGCCACUUCCGGGGGCCGGCAGCAUCAUGGAGUGGGCCGAAUCCUUGCACCACAGAAAAAGUAUUGGAUCCUGCAAUUGGACUUGUCCAAGAAGUUGAACUAUUCUAA